AUGAGCUUAAAGACUCUCUCUUUGCAGAAGUCGUCUCAAGCUUUCGAAGGAGACGAUGAUGGAUUCUUGAUAGAUGCUCCGAAGCUGAGGCGUCUGGACAUUGAGGACUAUUGGGGUUGCUUUUGUUUCGCUGAGAACAUGCCUGAGGUUGUAGAGGCAAAUGUGGAUGUGAUCUAUAAGAACACUGAGAAGCUUCUUGGAUCUCUCACCUCUGUGAAGCGGCUUUCACUAUGUUUGAUCACUUCAGAAGCUGCUUAUCCCGCUGGGACUAUCUUCUCUCAGCUUGUUCAUCUAGAGCUAUGCACAUGUGCGCCACGUUGGUGGGAGUUACUCACCAGACUGAUUGAAGAUUCGCCUAAACUCCGAGUUCUUGUACUCCGCCAGAAACAUAGUCGACGUGCACCUAGUCCCAGGGCUAUUUGGAAGCAACCGGUUUCUCUUCGGAAAGGGUUGUUAUCUGAUCUUGAGAUCUUCAAGUGGGAGCUAUACGAAGGGUCACAAAAGCAGAAAGAAGUGGCGAUAUUCAUCUUGAAACACGCUACGAGAUUGAAGUUAGCGUAUAUCUCUCCCAAAUCCACCAGUACUCUGCUGGAGAAACAUGAGAUGCUCAAGGAGUUGUCAUGCACGUCGCGUGGUUCCACUUCAUGCGAGCUCUUGUUCGACUGUCAAUGA